AUGUUUUUUCAACCUUUGAAAACUUUUCUCUCAUUGACGGCUCUCGUAUGCUUAAUAACGAUACCGACAUUUAUAGAAAGUGGUGUGAUAAUAGGAUACGUGCCAAACUGGCCUCUAGAUUUGUCAACGGUAGAUGCGAAUUCAAUCACCCAUUUACUCUACGCUUUUGUCGGUAUCAAUCAAGAUGGUAGCGUGAGUUAUAGCGCCUCCGAUUUUCAGAAGUUGAAGGACUUUAAAAGUCAAAAUCCAAGUCUCAAGAUAGUGCCUAGCAUUGGAGGUGCCUCGUAUACCUAUAUGUUUGGUUACUUAGCUUCGUCAAGUGCGUUAAGCAAAUUCGUGAGCAGUUGCGUGACGCUAGAUUCAUCAUACAAUUUAGAUGGUAUCGAUAUAGACUGGGAGUAUCCUAUAAGUUCUACCGAAAAGACUACAUACGCCAACAUUUUGAAGAGUCUCAGAGCAGCGUUUCCCAGUAAAAUAGUAAUGUCCGCGGUGCCAGCUGGGAAUCAAAAUUUUGGAGGAUUUGAUACUAGUGCUAUGAACAAGUAUUUAGAUUAUGCAGCUAUUAUGACCUAUGACUAUCAUUCAGCAGGUUGGGAAUCUCAAACCGGUCAUAAUUCUCCACUUUUGGGGACCGGAGUCUAUACAACUAAAGGUUCGGUUGACGAAUGGAAAAAAGUUGGUCUAAAUCAGAAUAUUAUGGUAAUAGGUUUACCAUUUUACGGAAGAACCUGGAAAUUAACAACAUCCAAUACCAAUGUUGGUGCACCUGCAUCCGGAUAUGGCUCUGGGGAGGAUGGAGUUUUAACCUAUACUCAAAUAAAAAGCCGAACUUGGCAAGAAUAUUGGGAUGAUACAGCAGAAGUGCCUUAUGCAGUCAGUGGAUCCGAAUGGCUUAGCUACGAUAACGAAAAAAGUGUCACUAACAAGGUUCAAUGGGCCUGCCAGAAUAACAUGGCGGGAGUAAUGAUAUGGGAAUUAGCUCAAGAUUCUAGUAAGAGUUUGAUUCGCGCCAUUAGCAAUUCCAUGCAAGGGUGCAGUGGGGGCGGAAGCACAACCACCAAACAAAGCACAAAUUCAACAACCAAGACUACCACGCGAUCUAGCAGUUCUGGAAGUACUUCGAAAACUACUACACCUAGUACUUCAAAAACUACGACUACCAGUGGAAGCAUUGGAUGUGUUAGUGACCCUAGCCAAAUUUGUCAGAAAGCGGGACCCGUCUUGGCGGCUUAUCCACCUGAUUGCAGCAAAUACGUAAAUUGUCAGCCUGGAGCAAAUCAAGCUAUUAUGCCAUGCGCAUCUGGCACUAUCUUUAAUCCUAAUGGCCAGUAUUGUGAUUUUCCAUAUAACUACAAUUGCAAACCAUGUUAA